UUACAGAACUCCAUGCAGCGCAGGACAGGUGUAGCUGCUGCCUGUUGCAUGUACCAAGGUGCAAUCUACAGCCAGUAGAUGGAGAGAAGUGGCUGAGGAGGGAGGGAAGAAGAGGAGGAGAGACCAGGGAGAGGGAAGUCCUUUCCUUAACGUAAGAUCCACAUCAGCUCACUCUCACCACUUUCCCAGUUCCCCUCCUGCUGCUGCCGUUUGAUUUAGGGGACACAGCGCAGCCCUGACAGCCAGCCCGGAACCCCUUAUUCGGCUCCCCUGUUGCUUUCACCUCCUCCACUCCUUGGACUAGUGGGCUGAAUGUUUCACUCAGGCUCUUGAGAUCCAGGAUGUUAGGAAUUGUAAAAAUGGAAGGACAUGAGACUACAGACUGGAGCAACUAUUACCAGGAAACCCAAGAGGCUUAUAACUCUAUCCCGGUCAACAACAUGAGCCAAGGAUUGGCAUCUAUGAACACUUACAUGACUAUGAACCCCAUGAGCUCCACUAAUAACAUGACGCCAAGCUCUUUCAACAUGUCCUAUGCCAACUCAGGGCUAGCACCAGGCCUGAGUCCCAGCGGCAUGUCAGGCAUGGGUGCCGGCUCUUCCACCGCUAUGAAUGGGAUGGCAUCUGGGGUGCCACCAAUGGGCACUGCUCUCAGCCCCAGCAACAUGAACGCAAUGUCAGCCCAACAAGCCUCAAUGAACAGUCUGAGCCCUUAUUCUAGCAUGAACUCAGGAAUGAGCCCUAUGGCUUAUGCCCCUUCCAACAUUAACAGGACCAGAGACACAAAAACCUUUAGGAGAAGCUACCCCCAUGCCAAGCCCCCCUACUCCUACAUCUCACUAAUCACCAUGGCCAUUCAGCAGGCCCCAAGCAAGAUGCUGACUCUGAGUGAGAUCUACCAGUGGAUCAUGGACCUGUUCCCUUACUACAGGCAGAACCAGCAGAGGUGGCAGAAUUCUAUCAGGCACUCUCUGUCUUUUAAUGAUUGCUUCGUUAAGGUGGCCCGAUCCCCAGAUAAACCUGGUAAAGGCUCUUACUGGACAUUGCAUCCUGACUCCGGGAACAUGUUUGAGAAUGGGUGCUACCUCCGCAGGCAAAAGCGGUUUAAGUGUGAGAAGCAACAAGGGGGUAAAGGAGGGCAAGAUGGCAGGAAGGACCAGUCAGGUUCCCCAUCUCCCUUACACCGGGUGCAUGGCAAGUCCAGCCAAAUGGACAGCAACUCCUCCAUAUCUAACCAGUCCAACAGUCCACCCUCCUUGGAUCACAAUGGUUCUAAUGGAGAUAUGAAGCCACAAGUAGCAGGAGGUCCAUCUCCAUUAUCCUCUCACCCUGUUCACUCUUCUCACUCUUUAGUCCAUGAGUCCCACAUCCAUAUGAAAGGAGACCCCCAUUAUUCCUUCAAUCACCCGUUCUCCAUCAACAAUCUUAUGUCUUCUUCUGAACAACAGCACAAAUUGGACUUCAAAGCUUAUGAACAGGCUCUGCAGCAGUAUUCUUCCUAUGGUGGGGCCCUUCCUGCAAUGCCCCUUGGAAGCUCAUCUAUGUCUGGAAGAGGGACUAUAGAACCUUCAGCCCUGGAGCCCACAUAUUACCAAGGUGUCUAUUCCAGACCAGUCCUAAACACGUCAUAAUCAGCCUCCAUCAGUCUCACUGUGAUGGAAAAUACCUGUUGCCUGCAAAACUCUUUAAAGACUGUUACUGACGUAUUAAACUCAAGAUAAAGGAAAAACACCUUAUUUUAAACAAAACAGAGGGAAUUGCAGAUUUGGGGGAUCUUCAAUGUAAUAUAAAACCACAGAGGUCAACUAAGCUGCAAUGGGGUGUAUUUAAGUAAACUGUAUAUAGUGCUAAAUGUUUAUGAAUUUCUAGGCAAGUUUACAUGUGAAAGUUUUUUUGGGGAGCAGUAAUAGUUGAAAAUGAAAUAAUUUGAAGAUAAAUAUUCCUUGAUGCUUUUAUAUAUAUAUAUAUAUAUAUAUAUAUAUAUAUAUAUAUAUAUAUAUAUAUAUAUAUAUUACUCUCCAGAAUUGUGAAGGACAAUUGUGCUGUGAAAAAGUUACAUUUCUGCUCUCUUUGAACCAAUGUCACUUUGGUGAUAGAUACUGGGGCUCUAUUUUGUUACUUGCUAAGGGAAGACAUUUUUAAGUAGAUAUAUGGGAAUAUAAAAGAAUGCAAAAAGAAAACAUUGAUUUAAACCUUAUGAGAAAGAGUGUUUGGCAGUAAUACAACCCAAAUUUUCUUAAGCAUGGGUGUACCCUUAAAAAAAAAUUAAAAAAAAUGUAGGGUUUUUUUUUUGCACUUUUUUUCCCCGAUAGUGUUAAAAGAGAAACAUAGGUCAUUUAAAGAAGGGAAACUUUUCAGAGUGGCUAGCAUAUUGCAUCUCUCUCUCCUGGGGUCAUACCCUAUCUGGCUGUUCCGUCCAUAUACAUAUUUGAUAUUAGACUACAGGGGCUUAACCCCAAGGGAUAAGCUAGGCUAAGGGUCUGUUCUGUGUGUUUAUUUUUAUUACUUUUUUUUUUUUUUUCGUUUAGAUGAUUUUUGCUCUUCCCGAAUAUCCGUAAUUUAUUGCAUGGUUUUCCCCGCUUUGGUUUCUUAUUAAAUUGUUUCAAAUAAUGGUUCAAUAAAAAUACGAAUUGUUUAAAAUAAGUUUAAUUUUAUAAAUGUAAUUGUAAUUAAAAUAUUUUGAUUUCUAAAAAGCAUAAAAAUAAAAAAAAACAAUUCAGACAUGAAGAA